ACCUGUUAAAGCAAACCGCGCAGAGGAGGAGGGGGGAAUUGCUUCAUGCUCACCUUUCUCAGCCUUUUAGCAGACUCAUCAUAUUGAAUAAUUACUGGUUUUGCUGUACUUAUAAACUCGUAACUUAUCAAAUUUUAAGUCAGAAUUGCUCGUCCUCGGCAUCGCAUAUUUGUCAUAUUUUUUAAUGUAUUUGAACAACCCUCCGUUAUUUUCCGUGUGGUAUAAACCAGCGGAGCCCCUUUAACAGAAGGCCAGUGUAUUGAGAAGUCGUGUUGUUUUUUUAAUCGUUUGCUCAUGCGGUGUUUAUAAGUUGAAGUCUCCUGGCUGAACAUCAGGUCGUCCCCUUAUAGGGGCCAAGGAGUCACAUCAGUCCAAAACCAACCAACAGGCAAUCUUCUUGUCAUCCAAGUGUUCAAUGCCUAACACUGCAGAAAGUGAAGGCGGUAACAUAUCUGGUGCCAAGGAUCCGGCACCCCCAUCACGGUUGCCGGGCCAAGAUGAUGAGCGCGGCUUCCUGAACUCAUUCAGCCGUGAUACGCUGCGCGCCAGACGGGCCUCCAGCGCUGAGCUGCAGCUCCCGUGGACAUGCCCGGUCACACAUUCCCGGGAGAAAUUCUACACAGUGUGCUCUGAUUAUGCACUGCUCAACCAAGCCCGUCCAAUCCUCACCCCCAGAGAUGUUCCCCAGUCCAGCCAUGACAGCAGCACACCACUGAGUCAAUCAAACACCAUCACUAUCUCCCAGGGUCAGGCUGGAGGAAUCCAUACACCUUCAGGUGAUGCCUGUGAUAUAGAAGAGACAUUCUCCAGCAACUCCAAGCCCAUUUUAGCCUGGGAGAUCGACACCACUGACUUUGAUGCCGUUUUAACCCGAAAAGCCAGGACAGGUAAUAUAAAGAAAUUUGGCUUGAAGAAAAUGAAGUCAUCUGACCGAUCGAGCAGAAAUGUGCUAGAUCUUCCACCACAAGCGUCUCUGGAAGAAAUCAAACAGAGGAAAGUCCUGGACUUGCGCAGAUGGUACUGCAUCAGCCGCCCUCAGUAUAAAACUUCAUGUGGCAUUUCCUCACUCGUCUCUUGCUGGAACUUUCUGUACAGUACCCUUGGAGCUGGAAGCCUUCCACCCAUUUCCCAGGAGGAGGCCUUGCAUAUUCUCGGUUUCCAGCCUCCAUUUGAAGAUAUCAAGUUUGGACCUUUUACUGGGAAUGCCACUUUAAUGAGAUGGUUCAGACAGAUCAAUGACCAUUUCCGUGUUCGAGGAUGCUCUUAUAUUCUAUAUAAACCCCAUGGGAAGCACAAGACAGCAGGAGAGACGGCUGAAGGAGCUUUGCUUAAGCUGACCCAGGGAUUGAGAGAUGAAUCUAUGGCCUAUAUUUACCACUGUCAGAACCACUACUUCUGCCCUGUGGGCUUCGAAGCUACACCAUUAAAAGCAGCCAAAGCUUACAGGGGACCACUUGCUCUCAAUGAAAUGGAGCAUUGGAUUCUUAUUGGGGAGCCAAGCAGGAAACAUCCUGCCAUCCACUGUAAAAAGUGGGCAGAUAUUGUGACUGACCUGAACACACAGAACCCAGAAUACUUGGACAUUCGCCAUACAGAAAGAGGCAUUCAGUUUCGGAAAACCAAAAAGGUGGGAGGCAACCUACACUGUCUCAUGGCCUUCCAAAGGGUGAACUGGCAGAAAAUCGGACCUUGGGCACUAAACCUGGAGAAUCUGAGGCAUGAUAACCACCAACAGGGAGCAGAUCACAGGAGCCAGACUUCAGCAGGGGAGGCUGUAGACGAUGGUGAGACCAAACACGGGCACCUGGGCCGCUCUCACUGCACGGGGAAUCAGAAAUCAGAGCAAGCGUGGAAACGGAUCUCCAAUACUGCAGAGUACAGCCACAGAGGCUGCCCCGACAGCGAUCUGGAUGAGGACAUCGCUGACUGAAAAUGAAGUGGUUACUUCUCCAUUGGGAUUUCUACACACUUGUUCAAGCCUUUGAGGUAGAUUGAAGGAAUUAUUUCUUCCUUCUGAUCAAUGCAGAGACUUCUCUAGAAACCGGAUUGGUAAAAACAGGCAGGUCAAACAAAAACGUGCAGCUGUCUAUAAACCCAAAUGUAAGAUGAGUAUUUUAUGUGCGUGAUGCAUUCCAUUAGUGUCAUUACAGUCAUGUGCUUCAAAGAAGGACUUGUUCAUAAACACCUGAAGCACAGAAUGGGCUAACGUAGUGAGUAAAUUACAUUAUGCGUAUAAUGUAUGUUAUGAUUAACGUUUAAAGUGCAUUAACAUCAGUAGAAGCCAUGAGAAAAUAGAACGACCACACUGAAAGUGAAACAGGAGAACGGUUUGAUCAGGACAGAGAGCUCUCUCCUCAUUUAAAGCGGUAUAAUCACAUGGGAGAUAACUGUGAAAUGAAAAAUCAGUGACACUUCUGUUAUUGUGUAUGGUGACUGAAUAUCAGUUCUUUGUGAAAAGCUGUACGAGAGCAUGGUGGCUUUCAAGUUAUGUGAACUGUGGUGUCCGUUGUUAUUUUGCCUCCGAAGUAUCUCGAGUAUGUAAUAUGACGAGCGUCUACACUUACUUGAAGUCUCACAUACACUUAAAAACAGUGUGAACUGGAAAUAGGUGGUCACUUUUAU